GUGCGCAGUCAGCACCGGUCAAACUAGAGAUGGGUCGGCGCCUCGCAGUCUUGUUCACCUUGACGCUCCUCGCGGCUGCUUUGGCUGUCCCAGAUGGCACCCGUUACGGGGAUGGCAACAAAGACGGCACCCACGGGGUAGGUAGCGGCGACCAUACCCACGGCGGGUUGUACGAGAAGAGCGGCGCCGUGGGUGGAGCCGCCGGCGGGUACGGCCACGGCGCGGACGGGAAAGCGAACAGUUACGGGGGAUAAUACUAGUGAAUUUUUCAAUAGGAUGAUAAAUUAAAGAUAGAUUUUUAAUACGGCCAAAAGUUAGUGUCAGUGGUGAAUUAUUCGCUAAACUUUUAUAAAUCAAAUCAAAUCAAAACAUCUUUAUUGUGAAACACAGGUGAAAAAAUAGUAUUAUAUAAUUAGUAUAGUAUCAUAUAUAGGAAGGUAUUAGUAAUAAUAUAAUUGGUCGUAUUGCAAAUUUAUCUAUCAGUUUAUCGGCCUUUAGAAAAACUGGUUCUCGGAAUUUUAUUCUUUGUCUCUAUGAGAUUCUUGAUGACAAAAAAUCUGUGUUUAUCCUUCGAUUCUCGUGCUUUUGUUAUUUAGGGCGGACUUGAUUAAAUGAUUAAUCAGUUUCACCGUCGAUUGGCGUUAUAUGCUAAGUAAUUAUAACCUAAGUUAUAGUCCUAAAGUAAGGAGUCGAAGGAAUUGCUGUGCACUUGUAUGUCAUGUCUACUGUACUUUUUAUAUAUAUAUAUUUUUAGCUGCUAACUUGCAAUCAUCAAAUAUAAGUAUGAAAUACAUACAUAUAGUAUAUUAUUAGUUGUGUGAGUGGAGUACACGCCUGUCACCCUUUCCAUCACGUCUCCUAUCUCGGGUCUGCUGGAAGAGAUUUCUUUUGAAAUAAGCAGAACCUUUGUAAUUUUGUUUCUUGUGUUUAUCAGUCUCGAUGUUUUCUGUGUACAUAAAUUAGUAAAUAAAUAAAUAAAUACAUACAUACAUAAAAUCACGCCUCUUUC